GUAACGCUAACGGUAGCAGUAGACCGACACGUCGGUGCGGUGGCCAGGCCCGUUUGACAACAGCGAAAUGGGAGGUCAAAAAUUCCAAUACGACGAGAGUGGAGGCACUUUCUUCUAUUUUGUUUUGUCGUUUCUUGCCCUUUUGCUCGUACCCGGUACUUACUAUUGCUGGCCAAGAAAGCGCAAAGAAGACCCUCAUACGCUACAAAAUCAGUGUCAGUGCAUUGGAUGUGUUAAGAAAAGGAGACUUCUCCUAGCCAAAGAGCCAUGGAGAGGAACAAAGGAAUGGUUGACAAAAAUUCUAAUUAUAUUUGGUUGGGUGGUGUUGAUAUUUUUAGCAUACAAAGUAUCACAGUUUGAUUAUGAAUUUUCCAAUUUUGAUCCCUAUGAAAUUCUGGGAGUUCCAUUUGGAGCCUCUCAAGCGUCAAUAAGAAAGGCAUACCGUGAUUUAUCAAAGGUUUUACAUCCUGAUGUAAAGGUUACUGGCAAUGCCAAAGCAUUUAUGAAGCUAGUCAAAGCUUACCAGGCACUGACUGAUGAAGAGGCUCGUAGCAAUUGGGAAAAGUAUGGUAAUCCUGAUGGCCCAGGUGCUACCAGUUUUGGUAUUGCACUGCCUUCAUGGAUUGUUGAGAAAGAAAACUCUGUCUGGGUUCUUGGGCUUUAUGCUUUAGUAUUCAUGGUAGCAAUGCCAACAGUUGUUGGAAUGUGGUGGUAUAGAAGUAUUCGCUACACUGGGGAUCAGGUUUUGUUGGGAACCACAGAAUUGUAUUACUAUUUGAUGCAAAAGUCUUCAACAAUACCUUUGAAGCGUUGCCUCAUGAUUUUGGCAGCUUCAUUUGAGUUUGAUAAGAAGCACAACAGCGAAGUGAUUGAGCGAGCCAGUGACAAUGAAGAAGUACCCCAACUUAUAAAGCAAUUACCUAAUUUGGGAGAAAAGAACCGUGAGCCUCCAAUGUGUUGGCGAUACUCAAUAAAAGCUCGAGCAAUAAUUCAUGCUCACCUUGGACGAAUUUCAUUAUCUGAUACCUUAGAGGCUGACCGAGUACAAGUUGUUAAAAAGUGUCCCUAUUUAAUUCAAGAGAUGGUUCACUGUGCUGCGACACUUGUCCUCCUAGCGUACUCUAGAAGAGUUCCCAAGCUUUUGAAUAUCUUCACUAUUGAAGCCAUCAUGAAAAUGAGCCCUAUGAUAGUUCAAGGCCUGUGGGAAAAUAAAAGCCUCUUUCUGCAGCUACCUUACAUUCAGGAGGAGCAUUUGAAGUAUUUUUCUUCCAAAAAGCGGCGCCUGAAGACAAUUCAGCAAUUAGCGCAAAUGAAACCUAAAGAAAGAAGGUCUAUGUUACGUUUCCUUGGAGAUGAAGAGUAUAAUGCCGUUGUGAAAGUCAUGAGUAGCAUGCCUCUUAUUGACUUAAAUGUUCGGUCAGAAGUAAUUGACGAUGAAAAUCCUACCCUAUACACUGCCGGAGCUACAGUCACCGUGACACUCACCUUACAUCGGCGCAAUUUAGGAGAUAUUAUGGUUGCAGAUGAUGCUGAAGAUAAUGAAAGUAAUAUCCAUGAUGAGGAGGAAGAUGAAGAGAAAGAUGAUGAUGAAGACAAGGUGAAAAAGCCUGCUUGGCAGAAGCAACAACGGAAACAGAAGAAAGGAGGAAACAAGAAGGGGUCCAAACAAAAACAAAGCACAGUUCCAGCAGUAAAGACUGUUCCUAAUAAAGAUUCUCCACAGACAGCAACUCAGUCUGCACCCUCAGAAGUAGGAGAUGAAAGUGACAAUGAUGGGUCUCAUUCGGAGAGAGAGGAAGAUGUUGAGGAAGAUGAUGAACAAACUUCAAUGAGUCAACAAACAUCUCAAGGAGAUUCCAAGAAGGAGAAUUCUGGAGAUGAUGAUGAGGAAGAUGAUGCAGAAUGGGAACGAUUCCAGGCUAAAAUGUCUAAGAGAGAGAAAGCACUGGAGGGUAAAAGCAAAGUCUCUCAUCCUACUCAUUGUCCCUUAUUUCCUGAUGAAAAGCAGGAGUAUUGGUGGGUAUAUAUAUCUGACAGGAAGAGUAACACGCUAUUAACAUCACCAUAUCAUGUUACUUCCCUUGUGGACUCUGAUGAAGUGCAACUGCGCUUCACCGCCCCACGAUGGACAGGAGUGUAUACAUUCCAUGUAUGCCUGCGAUCUGAUUCUUAUCUAGGAUUUGAUCAGUUACAGGAAAUCAAGCUGGAUGUAAAAGAGGCUCCAGAGAUACCAACAGAGCACCCACAGUGGGACAUGUCAGAAGACGAGGAAGAGCCUGAAAAUGAUGCUGGUCAUAUCUCUGAGUACACUACAGAUGAGGAUGUGGAAGACGAUGACUGAAGAAUUGAUGCCUUCUACCUCUAGAAUAUAGACUUAGCAAAAAUUUCUAUUCAUCUUCAGAAUGUGAAUUGGGUAUUGGAACCCUUUUGUGUGAAUAUCCAUUCAGAAAAUCAUGUAACUUUUCAAUUUACCUUGCAUGUCUUCAAGGCCUUAAAUCUCAUGUACAUAUACUUAAGAUCUGCAAGUCAUUUACGUUUCAAAAUGUAAGACUUCAUCAUUCUGAGAUGAUUACUCCCAAAUCCAAAUUCUAAUAGAAAACCAAUCCCUCGUUUUAUUUGUAAGCUGAAAGGGUCAACCAUUCAACUACUGGUUGUUUGUUUUAUGUCUAGUAGUUGUAAUAAUACCUAGGUAAAUGACUGACAUUAAUCAGGGGAACUUAUUAAAGAAAUACCAUGAUUUGCC